GGAGUGUUUAAAAAUGGCCGCACGGUGGAGCUGUUUCUAAUAAUAAUCCUCCCCACCACGGGAGAAAAGCCGGGAUUAAAAUAAACUGUACUUCCGCUGCUGAUCUAACGUUCCUGCAACCAUCUCCAUUUUACAGCUGAACUGAAACGGACACUGUACAUGUUAAAGAAUAGCCUACAGAGGCUAAACACGGAGGAAUCCUGGAAGGAGCCGGAGGAGAGAAGAUAUGCACACAACAUGGCUUUUAUGUCUCUCAUUUAAGAUGUGAUGACAUGGCUCAGGCAGGGAAAGAACCGAAACGGACUAACCGUGUCGUGCUGGUCAAGAGAAUAAUAAAGAACGAUGACAACAACCCGAUGCAGCAAGGAAUCGGGAAGCCGAGUGUGUACCACGCAGUGGUGGUCAUCUUCCUUGAGUUUUUUGCCUGGGGGCUGCUCACCACACCGAUGCUUACCGUUCUACACGAAACGUUCCCCCAGCACACGUUCUUGAUGAACGGCCUCAUUCAGGGUGUGAAGGGCUUGCUGUCUUUCAUGAGCGCUCCAUUAAUCGGAGCGCUAUCAGAUGUCUGGGGCAGGAGAUCUUUUCUAUUGGUGACGGUGUUUUUCACCUGCGCACCUAUUCCUCUGAUGAGACUCAGCCCAUGGUGGUACUUUGCCAUGAUCUCAGUGUCCGGGGCUUUCUCAGUCACCUUCUCGGUCAUCUUUGCGUAUGUAGCAGACGUCACUGAGGAGCAGGAGAGGAGCACCGCGUACGGCCUCGUGUCCGCCACGUUCGCAGCAAGCCUGGUGACGAGCCCCGCAAUCGGUGCUUACCUCUCAGCCAACUACGGAGAUAACCUGGUGGUCCUGGUGGCAACGCUCAUCGCCCUGGCGGAUAUCUGCUUCAUCCUGCUGGCCGUCCCUGAGUCGCUGCCCGAAAAGAUGAGACUGACCACGUGGGGCGCACCAAUCUCCUGGGAGCAGGCCGAUCCUUUCGCUUCUCUGAGGAAAGUGGGCAAGGACACGACCGUGCUUCUCAUCUGCAUCACGGUGUUUCUGUCGUACUUACCCGAGGCAGGCCAGUACUCCAGCUUCUUCCUGUAUUUACGACAGGUCAUCAACUUCUCACCUGCAACCAUCGCCGUAUUCAUCGGAGUGGUGGGGAUCCUGUCCAUCGUGGCCCAGACGCUUUUUCUCACGCUGCUAAUGAGGACCAUUGGGAACAAGAACACGGUUCUGCUGGGCCUCGUGUUCCAGAUCCUCCAGCUGGCGUGGUACGGCUUCGGAUCAGAACCAUGGAUGAUGUGGGCAGCCGGAGCCGUGGCAGCCAUGUCCAGCAUCACCUUUCCUGCAGUGAGUGCACUCGUAUCUCGCAGCGCCGAUCCAGACCAACAAGGUCUAGUGCAGGGAAUGAUCACAGGCAUCCGAGGUCUGUGUAACGGCCUCGGUCCGGCGCUCUACGGCUUCAUCUUCUUCCUCUUCGAUGUGGAGCUGAGCGGAAUCGCUCCCAUCCAGACCGACUACAACAUCCCUCUUCAGACUCCCAGUGAGAAGGCGGCGAUACCGGGCCCUCCCUUCCUGCUGGGCGCGUGCACGGUGUUGGCAGCCUUCAUCGUGGCGCUGUUCAUUCCAGAACGAACAACAGCGGGCAGCAAGACGUGCCAGGAGCUGAAGAGAAGCGGCAGCCUGACAGGAGCGCACGCCAACACGCCGCUUCCGGGCAGCGACGAGGACUUCGAGCCUCUCCUGGAGGACAGCAAUGUGUGACUGUGUGACCGUCAAACUUUCCUCCAGCCCUCGGAGAAAAAAAAAACAACCAGUGAGCAAAAGCCCCCACAAAGCCUCCCAGAAGAGUUUUAUUUAUAAUUAGGUUUUGUAUCAUUUUAAUAUUAACACGGAUCGUUGUUGAAAUCUUUCGUUUUAAAUCUCGAAUUUUGAACCGAAGUUUUCCACGCAACGUUUCUUUUAAAUUUUUAUUCUUUUUUUUUUUUUUUUUUCUUUCUUCCCUAUUUUUGGUAAAAAAUUUUUUUUUGUUUUACUCUAUUUUGCCACAGCUAAAAGGGCUCGGAUGUGCUGUAGCAGAAAUGGAGUGAAACCCUGCAGUGGGGCAGGUGGAAAACCUUAAUGCUUUGUGUUUCUAGAUCUAACGUUGAGUCAGGUUUAAUGGGCAAAGUGCAGUAACGUGAAUCGCUUUACUUUAGACUUUAUAGAUCCUUAAGUUGACUGUGUUUUUGGAAAAACGCUCCGAUGGUUUUUAAGCGAUUAGAGCUCUCUGUAUAGCGGUUUCUAUGUAGAUUUCUCAUCUUUUGGAUUCAGAGCCAUGAGAUUUGUGCGAUCCGUGAUGAGAUUGUGAGUGUUUUUGUUUUAUUUUUUUCUUUUCUCUUAUUAUUAUUUUUUUUUGUGUUACCAAGCCUUAAAGCUACAUAUCCAGUGAAAUACAACUAGGAAUUUAACGUAUUAUUUAUUGACGCAGACGAGUUUGCGGAGCGUCGUGGGACGUCGUCAGAGCCGCAUCUUUCACUUGACGUGUCUUUUACGUUGACCGUGUUACGUCGAGGUGAAUAGAUUAGAAGGACGGUGCUACCGGAGGUACUGAUCACGACGCAGUUACUGUGAGGCGCAGGUCAGUCGGGGUCAGUGAGGCACUGUUUUUAGGAGGGUAAAAGUUUCUAUGCAGGAGUUCUGAGCAUUUAGUGCUGUUUUUAAUUUCAGUUUAUUUACAUUUGGUUUAAAAGCCAUUUUGCGUAAAAUAUGAUUUAAAAAAAAAAGUGAUAAUAAUAUUGUUUUUAUACUUUUGCAGGGACGUGUGUGUGUGUGUGUGUGUGUGUGUGUGUGUGUGUGUGUGUGAGGGUGGCUGGGUGGGUGUCCAAAAUGUAAAAAAAAGAAAAGAAAAUUCUGCAUGCUGUUUGUUUACUUAAAAAAAAAAAAAAGUGUUCUACGACUAUUUCGGGAACCGCAUGCAGAUUUUUCUUUCAGUCUUGUUUUCUUUUCCUCCAGAACCUCUCUAUGAUCCCAUGGAUGUGCAGAACACGAGAGCAGAACACGAGCUCGUUCUCAGUCUUUGCGCAUCUUUUUUUUUUUUUCUUCUUCUUUAAAAUGGAAAAAUUCCAUAAGUCUCACCAGCUACCUCUUCUUUUCUCCUUUUUUUUUUUUUUACUUUUUCUGAGGUUCUGAAGAUUCAGAGUUUACUGUUUCCUUUUAAAGCCCCCCCCCUCCCUUCCAGGAUAAAUUUCCAAAAAUUUACAAACCCCACCCCCCCACACACACCUUAGAAUAACCUACAUUACCAAACAGUAUUUUCAAAGGCCACACAUUCCAUUUGCCCACGAACAAAGAGCAUUUAGAGCAUUUGCAAUUAGUAGUGACCACCGAGGACAAAUUUUGAUCAUGGUAUGGGUCUAAUGUGAUGCCGUUUCCAUUUCACAAGCUGUGCAUCGACGUUUGUGGUGUGCCUCUUUUUCCAGGUUUGCCGUUAAUGGCGCAGUAGGCAGAAAAAAAACCCCAGAAGGCAUUUGUUAACUUUGCGCCGGUCAUUUUAUAGUCACGUCGCUUCACAUCACACAUCACCGUCCUCUUAAACCGUGACUAGGAGGAUUUUGGACAUUUCCAGUUACACAGCGUAUAAAAUACCAUAAACCAGCCAAAAGGUUUGGAGGCGGAGCUUUGCACACACAGCUGGAAAUAGGGGCGGGUUCAAAUCUUCACCCCAAACUCCGCCCAUUAUUAUUUUAUUUAAAAGAGGUCAUUCUUUCCUAAUGCAUGUUCUAUCCAACAAAACAUCACGCUGUGUCUUUAAAACGACAAUUUCUUGUUGAACAGGCAAAAAAAUUAAAAAAUAUAAAUAAAUAAAUAACUCGCUCAGCAUGACACCCAACACUCCGACACUGAAUAAUUACCUCAGUGUUAGAAGUUACAGAAAUAAACAGUUAUUUAUUUCCUGGAUCCAAAAUAACCUGGGCAUUUUACAUUUUUUAUGCACAAUUUAUUUCUCUUGUGCGUGAACACAGCAAGCAGCUCGGACACAGAGUUUUUUUUCUUUCAAAUUCUGGAUCUUUACUGAUCAAAUGUCACGUUAAUAAGAAUAAGUCAUAAAUUACAUUAUAUAAAAAUAUGGAUGCUUUUAUUUUGUGUGUGUGUGUAUAUUAUAUAUAAUAUACAGUGCCCUCCACAAUUAUUGGCACCCCUGUUUAAGAUGUGGUUGUGAACUUCUAAAAAUUCUCCUUUUUUUAAAAACAAAAUAAAACCCAAAUGCAAAAAAAGAGAAAAAUCCAACCUUUCAUUUAAGUACAUUACUCUGGUGGUAAAUUUUUUUUUAAUUUUUUUUAGAAAUUAUGUGUCCCACAAUUAUUGGCACCCCUAACAAUUCCUCUGAACAAUUAGAUUUUUUUUAAUCAGUUAAUAUAUAUAUAUACACACACACACUCAUACGCAGAUGUUAUGCGUCAUUAAAGGCGAUGAUUUGUACUCAUUUACCUGCACUAGCUUACCUUUUUAGAGUUAAUAAGGGAUUCAGUGCAGGUAUAAACAUCAGUACAAAUACAAAUAGACCUGAACGUUAUUUUGAUCUUUAUAUUACAUUCCGAUCUGAUUAGCGACUGAACCGCGGCUCAACAGUCUCGCCUCGAGUACCGAGCACUAACGCUACCAUUAACGUCUCUAUGCAUAUUUAAUGAGGGGUCCUAUAUAACAGGAUCAAAUGAAACCCAGGUUGUACAUUUUUGAUCAUUGAACUGAAGAAACUUCACCAUUUGUUACGUUUCGUUACGGAAAAUCUCAACUCGGAUGUCACAAAACGUUACCUCGCCACAUGCUGCUGUUACAGGGUUACAGGGUUCAAGAGUAAAUUGAGCAUCACCGAAAUUCUUUAUACGUUCACAAGACCAUAGGUAUUUUGAAUGAACAACUGGUCUAGCAGCUCAUCAGUCAUAACCGCUCACUACUACUUGCAACUCUCCCUCUCUCUCUUUUUCUCUCUUUGACACCUCAACUCUUCAUCCAGAUUGUUUUUCUGCAUUCCAGUACGGAGGAUUCUCCGGUCAUAAAUAUCUCCUGCUACUUAUUUCUCGUCCAUCCGCGUGUCACUACGAGACGACACAGGAACCGAACACCUCUUCUUCCAUUCGCUCCCACCUUCCUCAUUUUAAGGUCCGUUUCUAGCAUUCCAGCCUCCUCUCCUGUCAACCCAGCUUGCCGUCAUCGUUACAGCUCACAGCAUGUUUUUUUAUUUAUUUAUUUUCUUCUUCUUUUUUUUUUUGCCUCGCCUCAUGUCAGGUGCAAGUGAGGAACAUGUCCAUGCAUGGGUCCUAACACCACAUACAGACGGUUCCGCUUUUAACACACCCUCGUUUAACCCCCCCCCCCUUCUUUAUUUCAGUCACCAUUUUCUUUUUGAAGUAUUCAAGCUUGAUGCACGUUCCAAAAUGUGUAUUAUAUAUAUUUAUAUUAUGUAGUGUAGAACGUGACCAUAGAGUUACGAGGUAGAGCUGGACGAAGCUCGAUUCCUGAAAGCAAUAAGAUAUUUGCUCACACACUUUAGAUUCGAGGAUUAUUAUGAGUAUUACAUCAGUAACUAUCCACACGCCAUAUGUGACGUGUUGCUAGUUCCCGAGCUAAUUUGGCUCCAUGCCUGCUGCAAGUUGCCACUGGUGCACUGAUCCUAGUGACGAGGGUGUGCUGAAAGUGUUACUGGACUGGAGGGUUGGGUAGCACACGCAAGUUAUCUGUAACCCCGUAACCCCCUCCCCAAAAAGAUCGAAGCAUCAACGUCCUACCAUUAGUAACUUGCUGUGUCGUGAUGGGCAUGCGUGGACGGUCAGUAGUGCACAGCCUGUACCAGUUAUUCUGACAAUGUAACAUAAAAAAAAAAGAAAUAAACAGACAGUACUAUUCUAUAUAUAUAAGUAUUUUAAGGUUGUAAAAUAUUGUACAUGUACUGAUUAGUGUUAAAGGAAUAUAUUGUUGCUAGAACUCGCUAUAUUUUUGGACCCGCAUACAAACCGUAUAAAUUAUUCUAUGAAUUUAGCCAGUCUCUGGAAAAAUUCCCCAGAAGACUCAUUUUCACCAGCUCCGGCCUAAUUCCAGCUUUUCCAAGUCAAGAGACUGCAGAAGUGGCCCCCAAAUGCCAGCUGUCUCCAGCACCCGUGUAAAGAUCUCUGCAACUUUCUUGUCUUUCAGAGAGAGUGCACAAGCGUGCCUGAAGUGUUAAACCAUGUUCAGACCUGCAAAAGGAGUGUAAAUACCAUGUACUGCUUCAAGUGCUGAUACUUUCUCUAUCUAUUACGUCAUGUCUCGGUGGUAUAUGUGGAGUAAUUGUGGAAUAAAACGGAGGUUAUGAAAAGUAAAAAA